AUGGCAGCUGCGGUCGUCACCCCUUGGACAGUGGAGGGGGAUGUGGACUACGACAAGCUUAUCAAGGAGUUUGGGAGCCAUCCGAUCGACGAAGCACUGCUUGACCGAUUGGAGCGGGUCAUUGGAAAGAAGCCGCAUCACUUCCUGCGCCGCGGCAUCUUCUUCUCCCACCGCGAUUUGAACCUUCUGCUGGACGUGUACGAGUCUGGCCAGCCGUUCUAUCUUUAUACCGGGCGAGGUCCUAGUAGUGACUCCAUGCACCUGGGACAUCUGAUUCCAUUCAUGUUCACCAAAUGGCUGCAGGAGGCGUUUAAAGUACCUCUCGUGAUCCAGAUGACAGAUGAUGAAAAGUUUUACUUUCGAAACAUAACCAUCGAACAGAUCGAGACCAUGACGACGGAGAACAUCAAAGAUAUCAUCGCCAUGGGCUUCGACCCGGAGCUAACUUUUAUCUUCCGUAAUUUUGACUACAUGGGGCACAUGUAUCGAACAGUGGCACAAAUCGAGCGGACCUUCACGGCGAGUCAAGUGCGCGGUUGCUUCGGCUUCAAGAUGGAGGACAACUGUGGGCGUUGGAUGUUCCCUGCGAUUCAGGCGGCACCGUCCUUUUCUGCCGCAUUCCCGCACAUAUUUCCGCCGUCAAUGGGCAAUGUGUUCUGCCUGGUUCCACAGGCCAUCGACCAGGACCCCUACUUCCGCCUGACGCGUGAUAUUGCCUCACGCCUGGGUUACUUGAAGCCGGCGGUGAUUCACUCAAAGUUCUUCCCCGGCCUCAGCGGAUCCAAGGGGAAGAUGAGCUCCUCCACAGGGGCCGCAGUGCAGCUCACGGACACAGAAAAGAUGGUGAAGGAGAAGAUCAACAAACACGCUUUCAGUGGCGGUGGUGCGACGAAGGAGGAACAGUUUGUUCUUGGCGCCAACACCGACGUUGACAUCCCCAUUCAGUGGUUAAACUUCUUUCUCGAGGAUGAUGAGGCCCUGGCGCAGAUACGGAAGGACUACAUGCUUGGGCGCGUCAUGACGGGCGAGGUGAAGAAGUUGCUGAUUGGCACCUUGUCAGAUAUCAUCAAACGCCACCAGGAGGCGCGGAAGAAGGUGACCGACAAUGAUGUACGGUUGUUUUCAAGCAUCCGUCCCAUUGGACCUGCAAAGCAGCAACAGCAGCAGAAUUCUUAA